UUGUAACCAGAGGACCAGUUAACUCCUCUGCACACAAAGCUACAUCAGUGUAGCUGCUGCCUAUCAUUUGGUGAGAGGAGGGGAACGCCACAGGGCAACAAAGAGGGCUGACCUCUGACCCCGAGUCUCCGCUCUGCAGCGAAGCUUUCUUUCUGCCUGAUGAGUUCUGUGUUCCAGGAUUCUUUGACCUGUUUCUGGGUCAUGCAGCCACUCAGAGAAACACUCGGCUGCAGAAACCAGUAAAGUCACAGAAAAGUGAUUCAUGUCUCAGAAACGAUUGACCACAGAAAAUAGUUACUGAUCGAAUCAGUGAGACACUGAACUCUAUAAUAUAAUGAAAUAUAAAAUAAUGAAACAUAAAUGAUGCAAAGAUCUUUACAGCAGAAACAUGUCAGCUUCAACAUUUGACUGGAGAGUUUCUGUGGUCAGUGUUACUGGUUUCUACAGAUUAUACUGGUUUUUUUUAGGUUAUACUGGUUCAUUUUAACUCCUUUUCAUUUGACUGGAGAGUUUCUGUGGUCAGUGUUGGUGCAGCGUCAGAGGGAAACGAGCAGCGAACGCCCCGAGGGGAGGAGAGCGGAGGAGUGACGGGUUUGAUGACCAGCUGGGAGACGCAGCAGCAGGAAACCAUCAUGAUGGCCCGUCUGUCUUCGCUCUGCCUCGUCUUCCUCUCUCUGCAGGUCGAAGACAUCAGAACAUUUGAAGUUCUGAGACAAUAUGGAGUUUCUGGGGAAGACAUCUUGAUUUCAUGUGUCUCUUUCUCAUCUGGAGCCUGGAAGUUCUUCUGCAGGGAAACCUGUGAAGGAGAAAACCUCCUGAUCAGAACCAGUGACGACGCAGCUCAGAUCGGACGAUACAGAACCGAAUAUGUUAGAGAAGCUUCCAGAACAUUCUCGGUUCUGUAUGUGAGUAUCUCAGAGCUGACCAGGUCCGACGCCGGUCGGUACCGAUGUGGUCUGGGCGACUCUUCAUCAUCAACUUCAUUCCUGGACUUCAGGCUGGUUGUUGUAGACGAUCUGCUGGGUGGAAGCAAAGUUCCUCACCUCCAUACAGAAGCUGGCAGCUCAGUGACAGUCGCCUGUUCCUUUGGAGACUCUGGAAGAAACCGACUGUUCUGCAGAGGAGAAUGUGGAAAAGAUGAAGUUCUGGUUCAGACUGAUGGAGUCAGAGCUGACAGAGGCAGAUACAGCAUUGAAUAUGAAAAGAGACGACAAUCAGCAGUUCUGUUGGUGACCAUCACACAGCUGACCCAGUCUGACUCCGGACGGUACCGAUGUAAAAUGGACAGAAUGAUUCGCUCAGAUCUACACAGAGACUUUUACAUCACCGUCACUGAUGCAGUCGGCCCGUCCAGCUCCACACCAACAACAACUAUCCCGUCCAGCUCCAGUUCAGCGGUUGGCCCGUCCAGCUCCACACCAGCAGUAUCAUCACAGACUUUAAGCUCCAUUUCUGCUCAUGUCUUCACAAACAACCCAACCAGCUCCACAGCAACAACUCAGAGAUUCAACUCCAGUUCAAGAAAUUUCACACAUGAAGGAUCUUUUAAAAUCAGCAACGACUCGGCUCAGAUUCAGGAUAACAAAGAAAAAUCUUUCCUCUACGUUCCUGUGGUCGUUGGUGUGACUCUGGCUGCCAUGAUGGUUCUGAUCCCAGCAGCUCUACUGGUUUCCUGCAGGAGAAGAUCUGUGAGAGAUUCAAGGAGGAGAGGAGACGAUGGAGAAAACAUGGAGAACGUCGACUAUGAGAACGUUUCCUCUCAGGACGCGGCCUACCAGAGUCUCAGUCCUGCCGGCAGAGACCAGAACCAGAUCUACUCUACACUCUCACAGCCUACAUGAGACCCUGGACUUGGUUUUCUGAACUCGGGUUCUGGACUCGGGGUUGCAGUUUGUUCUGUGAAGCUGAAACCUGAAGAAAACUGGAUUUAGAAACUGAGCCUCAGUUUUUACUCUGAGCUGCAGCUGCUUUAAAAUAUUGGAUUUUCAGAAAGUUUCUGGUUUAUUAUGAUGAUAAAUUCUUGAUUUGCUUGAAUUAAAACUUUGCAGCAGAAAAACCUCUUCAGUUUAAAUCUCGUGAAACGUUUGUGUUUUUCUCCCUGGUGAGUAUCUGCAGAGAGAUUCUGAACAAACUCAGCCACUCUGUCAUUUUUCUGUUAUGUUAUCAUUUCUCCCUGCUUGAAUUAUAUUAAAUUCUGUUUUCUAGAUUCAUUCCUGAUCUGUGCUGAUUUAGAAACUGGAGAUGACAGAGUGUCAUUAGGUCCAAAAACAAGCAUCUUUCUUUCCCAUUGGCUGAAACGGUUGCUAGGCGACUGUACUCGAGAGAAAAUCUGAGGGAGAUCAGAGAAUUAGCGUACAGCGCAAAACUGCAGUGGAAAUACUUUUUUUGCAUCAUAUUUAUGUUGAAAAAGAAACACAGAUAUUCUAACUCCUGUCCAUAAAAUCGUUGCAGUUUUAUGCGUCAUGUAUGAUGUCAGGAAAGUGCACAGGUAGACACUAGGUGGUGCUAGAGAGUCUGGCCUUUUCUCUGGAAAGAAAUGAACCUUUUGAGUUUAUAGUUUGUUGUCCAAUGUAGCAUUUCUGGAUUUAGAAACAUAUAUUAACAUUGCCCCAGAGAUUUGUAGUAACUUUACGAAUGUUUUUUUGUGACUGAGGAAAACCACCAAGAUUAGAUUAAAAUUAGAAAAAAGUUGUAGUCUAUGAAUUACUGUGUUUCUUGAGCAUCAUUUGGUGAUUUACAGCAUAAGGUUAUAUUGUGCAGAAUAUUUAGUGAUAAAAGUACAGACUGAUGUAAUAAAGAGAAACGCAGGAGGAAGAAAAGACGAAACUCUGACUUGGAGCCAAACAAUAAGGCUGAGUCUGCAGGCUGACAGACUUACAGCAGAGUUCUGCCCGACCACAAGGGAGCGACACUGAGCCACUUUUAUUAAGCUCUACUUACCUCAGAAGUUCCCACAUCCAGUAGGCAGUAUCUGUCCUGGUGACACAUCCCCUCUGAGAGUUUCACUUCGCGGUGCUGUGACUGGUUUUUAAUGUCAACAUGUCUGACAACCAUAACUGAGGCAUUUUUACAUGAACAGCUUUAGAGGAGCUGAAACUGAACCCAAAGGGCCCGAAAACCUUCUGCUGCCACAGAGUCUAACUCAUCAAAUGUAUCUUUGCUGCAUCAUCGAAGCCUCACAGACCUGGUUUGGUCGGAUUCUUCCUCUGUCCCACAGUAAAGAUGGCUGACAAAUAGCAUCACUGAUGAAGGAUGAAACUGUCCGACUGUAGAACCAUCUCUGCUCCCAAAGUCUUUACAUCCCUGCUGGUAUUUUCACAGCUUUAUUCAUUCUGAAUAACAUUUAUACUGUUACAGUUUUUACUGUCACAAAUAGGAAAUCUGCCUUUUUAAUGCUCAAACAAACUUGGACAUUUUGUACAUUUUUCUAAAUUAAUCAACUCAGUUACACAUUCCUUUGGACUGGAACAUAUUAUUUUUUAUAACUACAUAAUAUUUAUGUUGAAUGUUUUCCCUUUCUCUUCAAUAUAUGUAUUUUGUAUUCUAUUUGCAUAUUUCUAUCUUUAUGUGAGCCUACU